AUGGUCAAUUUUAAGCUUUCCGCGCAGCUCAUGGGCCAUGAAGCCGACGUUCGCGCUGCGGCGUUUGCCUCGCCCGAUACCAUCGUCACCGCCUCGCGAGACUGCAGCGUCCGCCUCUGGCAUCGCUCCCAGGGCGCCGACGUCUCCUUCGACGGCACCCUGCUAAGCCGCGGCUCCGAAUACGUCAACGCCGUUGCCUUUUAUCCGCCCAACACUGAGCACCCCGAUGGCCUGGUUGUCUCGGGCGGCAAAGACACCAUCAUCGAGGUCAAGAACCCCCGCAAACAACCCAGCGACCACGCCGAGCGCCUGCUCAUCGGACACGCCCACAACGUCUGCGCGCUGGACGUCGCACCGAACGGCAAGUUUCUCGUGUCCGGAGGAUGGGAUGGCCAGGCCCGCGUCUGGAACUUGAACACCUGGGAGACGGAAUUGGCGCUGAGCGGGCAUGAAGGCAUGGCAGUGUGGGCGGUGCUGGCACUGGACGAGAAGACGGUGGUGACUGGCUGCGCCGACAAGAACAUCCGCGUCUUUGACCUGACCAAGGGCAAAGGUGGAGAGGUGGACGCCUCGUCGACGAUAUACACCCCCGAUGUGGUGCGCGCACUGUGUCGCGUCCCAUCGACGCACCCGAGCGGCGCUGAUAUCGCCAGUGCGAGCAACGAUGGUACCAUCAGACUUUGGAAGCUCAAUGGCCAGCAAAUUGGCGAGCUUCAUGGUCACGAGAGCUUUGUCUACUCGCUGACGAGUCUGCCUACGGGCGAGCUGAUCAGCUCUGGAGAGGACCGCACCGUGCGUGUGUGGAAGGGUCUCGAAUGCACACAGACAAUUACACAUCCUGCUAUUUCAGUCUGGACUGUUGCCGCCCAUCCUGAGACUGGCGACAUCGUUUCCGGCGCCAGCGACGGUGUUGCUCGUGUCUUUACCCGCAGUCCCGAGCGAGUUGCCGACAAGCAAACGAUUAAAGACUUUGAAGAUUCUGUCAAGGCGUCCUCGAUUCCCCAGCAGCAAGUAGGAGGGGUCAACAAGGAAAACCUUCCAGGUCCCGAAUUUCUGCAGACCAAGUCCGGUACCAAGGAAGGUCAGGUGCAGAUGAUCAAGGAGGACAACGGUAACGUGACGGCGCACACGUGGUCGAUGAGCCAGCAGCAAUGGAUUAAUGUCGGUACGGUGGUGGAUGCGGUUGGAAGCACUGGCAAGAAGGUGGAAUACAAGGGCAAAUCAUAUGAUUUCGUGUUUGACGUGGAUAUCGAGGACGGCAAACCGCCGCUGAAGCUACCAUACAACCUCUCGGAAAACCCAUAUGAAAGCGCCACAAAAUUCCUGAAUGAUAAUGAGCUGCCUCUUGGCUACUUGGACAACGUGGCUCAAUUCAUUACGACAAAUACAAAGGGGGCUACGUUGGGCCAAACGGAGCAGAGUGGCGGGCCUGACCCCUACGGCACGGAGUCGAGAUACCGUCCCGGUGAGGAGGCGCAGAAGCCGCGGAUACUUCCGCAAAAGGAAUAUCUUAACAUUACUGCCGCCAAGUACGAAGCCAUUUUUAAUAAAAUUUCGAGCGUCAACAAGACGAUGAUCUCCAGUGGCCGCAAAGACACAGCUCUUAACCCUGGCGAGGAAUCUUCACUACAAGCUCUACGUACUGCCCUCGAAUCAUCCAGCACCAUUCCGACCGAUGCUUUCCCUUCUCUUUUCAAGGUUGUGACGGCGUGGCCGUACAGCGAUCGUCUGGCUGGUCUGGACCUACUCCGCUGUGUGGCGCGCUUCCCGACAGCGGCCAAGUACAAGGACAGCACGCAUGGCACCCUGAUAGACCUGGCCGUUGCCGCGUCCCUGCCCGAUGGCGACGCUCCCAACGAAAACGCAGCCAUGAUGGGCGCGCGCACUCUUGCCAACCUCUUUACCACGAUCGACGGCCGCAGCCUGGCCAGUGCGCGUGUAGACACCUUGCUAUCAUUCCUGGAGCGUGUAACAGGCAUUCAGGGCGGUGACGCCAUCGGCCCGCACAACCGCAAUCUUCUAAUCGCGGCGACGACCCUAGCCAUCAACCUAGCGGUCCUGGUCAACCAGGAGAAGCUGCUGUCGGCCAGCGAGAGACGGCGACUGGUGCAGGUAGUCGGCGCCCUGCUCAAGGGACAGAGCGACUCGGAGGUGCUCUACCGGGGGUUGGUCGCGCUGGGCACCGUGGCGGCGACGUCCAAGGGUGACGUGGCCGCGGUGCCGGGUGUCGGCGGAUGGGUUAACGAGGCAGCGGGCAAGGCGUCUGAGGAUCGGGUGCGGACGGUGGCGGCGGAGUGCAAGAAACUGGUCGCAUAA